GGCAGUGGAGGGUGAGCCAUGGCGCCAGGCCGUUGAUUCAAACCGGCCGGGCGGCGGGCGGCGGGAGGGCAGCGCGGCGCGGCCGGGGACGUCGCCUCCCGCACCGGGGGCGCUGAUGGUGGCAGCGCGGCCGGGCCGCGUCCUCGUCUCUUCGCCGAGCGGCCCGGGAGGGAGUGAGCCGACGCCAUGGGUGUGAUAGGUGUGCAGUUGGUGGUUACUAUGGUAAUGGCCAGCAUCAUACAGAAGAUUACACCCCACUAUUCGUUUGCUCGUUGGUUGCUUUGCAAUGGAAGCUUGCAAUGGUACCAGCAUCCUACAGAAGAACAACUUCAAGUCCUUGCUGGAAAGCAACAGAAAGCAAAAUCCAAGAAAGAAAGGAAGUAUAAUGGGCACAUAGAAAGCAAGCCGCUGACUGUUCCUAAGGAUAUUAAUCUGCAAUUGGAAGCAAGGAGCAUUACAGAAAUGGAUACACGAGUUCUGCAUUACUUCCCCGAGUACCAAUCUGUGGAUUUUACAGUUUCUGCCACAGUUGUCUACAUCAUUACUGUCUACUACAGUCUGACUAAUCCCCGCAAUGAGAUGAACAUUAGUAUUGUUUGGAGCCUGCUGGUCCUAACCUUUGUAUUUAAGGUAUUAUUUUCUCUGACCACUCACUACUUUAAAAGUGGAAGAAGUGGGGAGAGGUCAGUCUGCAUUACCUUUGGCUGCUUUUUCUUUGUAAAAGCAAUGGCGAUCCUAAUUGUAACAGAGAACUAUUUGGAGUUUGGACUGGAAACAGGGUUUGCAAACUUUUCUGGCGGGGCCGUGCAGUUCCUUGAGAAACAAGGCUUGCAAUCCCAAGGUCCUGUCUCAAAACUGACCUUUAAAAUGUCCCUGGCUAUUCUUUGUGGUUUCAUUGGUGCUUUUCUGACAUUUCCUGGCCUGCGACUGGCUCAGAUGCAUCUGGAUGCCCUAAAUCUUGCAAAGGAGAAGCUAACACAGACUAUGCUUCAUGUGAACUUUCUAUCACCACUAAUCAUGGUACUUCUGUGGGUGAAACCUAUUACAAAGGACUAUAUCAUGAAUCCACCACUUGGCAAAGAAAAUAUUCCUUUAAUGUCAGAGGCUACAUAUGAUUCAUUGCGACUGUGGAUUAUUAUCUUUCUCUGUGUUCUUCGACUGGCCUUAAUUCGCCAACACCUGCAAGCAUACCUAAACUUAGCACAAAAGAGUGUAGAACAAAUGAAGAAAGAGGCAGGGCGGAUCAGUACGAAGGAUCUGCAAAAGAUGGUUGCCCGGGUUUUCUAUUACCUUUGUGUGAUCGCACUUCAGUAUGUGGCACCUGUGAUAAUGCUUCUUCAUACAACACUGCUUUUAAAAACCCUGGGUCACCAUUCCUGGGGACUCCUCUCAGAACCUUCGUAUGUGUCUCCUAAGGAGAUCGUUGAAGCCUCCAAUUCUGUUAAAUCAUCUACCCUUGUAGCCAAUGAAAACAAGAAGCUAACUGUUACACAAAUAACAAUGGCACUGGAUGGUCUGCAGAACGUUUUCACUCCAUUACUCUUCCGAGGCCUCCUCUCCUUUCUAACCUGGUGGAUUGCAGCUUGCCUGUUCUCUACAAGUCUUUUUGGUUUGUUCUAUCAUCAGUACCUGACAGUCGCGUGAGUGACUAGCAUGAUAAAGCUGGACGUCCAAAUAUUCUCCUAGAUCUGAACAUAAAAUUAAAGUCACUUUUUGGGGAUGAAGGGAUAUUUUAAACCAUUGUGGAAACAGCAUAUUGCUAAGUACAGAGCACAGAUUAACCUGCUCGUUUCAAACACUUCCUCUGGUUCUCAGGGUGAAUAAAUGUCUUAACAAUUUGAAACUUAGAAGCUGGAAUGAUGACAUGUUACUAAUGCCAUGGAUAGGUCAUUUAUCUUUGAUAGAACUUUGGAGUUAUCAACAGAAGAUCAUUUGGCCUUAAGUGGUUGGUAAACCAGUGGAUCAAAGUUGAUGUAUAACCAUGAAUAAGAUUAAAAAUUGAUGGACUUAAUUCUCCAACUCCACAUCAAUUUUAAUCUGCUUAGAAAUUUAAGAUCAGAAUUUUAAGUCCAAAAGUUAGCAAAGGGAUAGAACUUUAUUCUAGAAUUAGCUUUACAAAAUGACAUUCUGGUUAAUGUGUAGCUUGACUUGAAUCUUAACACGUCUGUGUCCCUUCAAUAUACAUAUGUAAACAUAAAGAUAAUGGGUGAGUUUUUUUCCCUUCCCCCUGCCCCCACCGCCCCACAGACAGGUGAAAAUGGGCUUUAUUUUAUCAGUUGUGAGCUCUUGAUGAUUUUGAACAAAACAUAGGUACUGUUUCAUUGGUUCUAAAUGUUGAGCUAAGAAAAUCCAGUUUGAACAACAAUUGGUAUUGACAGAUUUCUUAGCAAUAACUGAGCUGUUUGUUAAAAUGUGUUGUGUUUAUCCUUUUGUUGGAAAAUCCAGCAUUCUUCACUGUAAAGAAGUCUUUACAGCUGGAAUGUGAAUAUAUCUACUGUAUAUUACAGUAAAGGUUAAAUAUUUCAGAUUUUUAAGGGAACAAAUUUCUUUGAAGUUGUGGUUGUUGCUGUAAGAGAGUUUGAUUUGUUGCUUGAGGUAAGGUAUUAGGUGAGUGGUUUUUAUUUUAAUAGUGUUUUUGAAUUGUCCAAAAAACCCUGCAGUACAAUGGAACUCUGAUAUUGUGGCUUGCCUCAGUGAAGGAAACUUAUUUUUGAAAGCACCUCAGCACUGUAACCACAUCAUAAAGAAGAACUGGAAUUCCAAUUUUUUACAUAACUUUCAGAUCUAUUGAAUGAAACUUCACUUGCAAGCUGAUGGAUUUAUUUCACUUUGAUAUUGUAACAUCUUAGCCUCUCCUCCACAAAUUUUGUUACUGAAUUCCAUCUUAGAUUGAAAGCCCCAAAAUUGCAAGUUAAAUGUUUAAACUCUUUGUUAUAUGCAUUUCUCUGCCUGUAACAGCACCAUGCAGAUAUAUAAUACUUCUCAUGUUCCAAAACCUUGCAAAAAAAUACGUUACUGGGAGAUUGGAUGAUACAAGGUAAAGUGUAGGACAGGAAGGCUAUUGUGAUUAAAGCAGUCUCCCCUAUCUAUUUAAUUGGUGAACCUCCAAUAUUUUCAAUAUCUUUUCAACAUGAAAAGAUGAGAAAAUACUUUUGAUUUUGGUUACACUUUUGAUCAUUAAAUAGAGUAUGUAAAAGCUGACAACUUCUCUACCCCUCCAUUAAAUUGAAUUUCAGUAAUUGAUACAGGAAUAUUUAACAUUUUCUCAAGAAAAUAUAAUGUGCCAAGAAGGUUUUAUUGUCUUUUAUUUUGGUAUACUUGUCCUGCUGCUGAAUGGUAUUCUUCUUGAUGUGUGUAACUUUACAUAUCCGUUGCGAGCGAUGGAUGGGAGUGCUACACUUGAUUAGGCUAUAGAUUUUAAUCCAGUUUGCUAAAGACAUGCAAAUAAUAACUAUUGGAAAUUUGAAACAAAUUUUCAUCAGAUUUUAUCAUUUAAAUACAAAUUGUAUAUAGCAUCCUUGAAUGGUGCUGUUUCAGACAAAUCUGUCUGAUUCAACAGUCCAAAAUGUAGUUUCAUCCAUAUAGUACAACAGCACAUUUUUGAUACAUUAUAGGCCAACUAUGAUCUCUGGCCAUUUUGAUAAUGCUUUUUUUGAAUGACAAAUUCCACUUUCAUUUAACUUCUUUGAAAGUUAGGUGCAAUUACUGUAGAUGCAAAUUAAAUAAUGAAAACAUAUCAGACAAGUAAGAUCAAAAUUCAGUUAAUUAGAAUAGAAUGCUAGAAAUAGCAAGUAAUCGUAAUUGACCAUUUAUAAUGAGGCCUAACCCUUAAGGUAAUAUCCAUUUGCAAUACCCACUAAGCUGUAUACAGUUAUGUUCUGAAGCUAAUAAAAUUAGUCCUUUCAUAUUCUUUGUUUAUGUAAUUAUAACAACUUCCUCUGUGAAUGUGACUUGUACUGUGAUAAAUUUGAAGAUGAUCAUGUUAAUGAAACCCAAGUCAUAACUGAAAUCUGUAAUAUCAGUAAUUGGAAUUGGUCUGUGCUUGGUUGGUUUAAUUUUUUGCAUUAUAAAUUGUUAGGUAUGGCCAAACUAUGUAGUUAUUUAUCCUUCUUUGUACCAAAAGAUAGAAGUAAUGUAAUCAUACAUUUUUUUUUAAGCAAUACUGACAAGUUAGUAAAAAUGGCUAAUUCAUUGAUCCUUUUGCCAAAAGCCGUUGACGGGCAUAAUUUAUUCCUAUUUAUCUAGCCAGUUAGCAGCUACACUAUGUAGCCAGCAUUAACGAUGGUUACAAUGCUGUAGGUGAUCUGCAGCGACAUUGGGGAUAGAAUUGAGGGCAAAUCAGGUAAAACCAGGCAACUCCAUCUCCAAACUAGCUGAGACACUCCUAUCACCAAAACAAAGUGGCUAUUUUAGUACUGUUGACAAAAGUACCUUGCACUGAGACCAGGCAACACAGAAAUCCCACCUGCACAAUUGUAGAUCAGAGGAUAGGGUAAUAAAUUGAUAGUACUUGUAAUUAAGCAAGGAAUAUAAUGUUCCUGAAGAAUAUUAAGGAAUAACAUAUCUCACAUUUUACGUACACGGAGAUUCAGUGUCAACAUUUAAUUUGGCUAGCUGGUAUCAGUGAGUUGGGGUUUAACAUCAGUGAAGCCAAGAUCCUAGGAGAGAAUUUGAACAUUUUUGAUUCUGAAUCAUAGUCCUAAAGUUGGUGCGCCAAACAUAAAUAUGGAAUUUGAAUGUUCCAUGACAUAUGGUUGGCUAUCCAUAACCAGUAGUAAAUGUUUGAGGCCUUUCUAAAGAAAUGUAUUUGCAUUUGAUGUUUAAUUUGUGCUGGAAUGCACUGAAAUGGCUUGAAGCCUUUCUUUUAAUAAAAUCAUUGUUAUUGAUUUGAAUGCAGCAGGGUAUUUUCUUGUGUUUAUGUGGGUGGCUGUUUAUUGGUUAUAAGAUACAUGUUUCAGUAAAACUAGUGGAAAUUGGUCACCUUGGGGACUGAACUAGUUACUUAAUACAGAUGUUUCUUUAACCUAUUUAAUGCAUUUUAUGAUGUAAACAUCUCUCCAAAAUGAUGCAAGUUUGUAAUUCAGUUUAUUUCUGUUAUAGUGGGGAACAUGGAGUUGUAGUGGUAUUCCACUGCAGUAAUCCAGAGACCUGCAUAAAUGAUCCAGAAAGUACAAGUUCAUACUUGUACAUGGCAAUUUAAGAACUUUAAUCAAAUUUUAUAUAAAGCAAACAAAUCUGGAAAAUCACAAUCAUUUAAAGUAAACAUAAAACUCCAGGAUUUCAGCAAAAACCCAGCCCUGGUCAAGCCUAUAUAUAUCUCCAGUUCCAACCUAGCGCACAAUUAACCAGUCAACCAUUCAGAAAUAAAAUAAAGCAUCAAAGAAAAUUGUAGCAAUUCAAUAAAAAAAAUACCACCAGUGAAAUCCUUGUAUGCAAUUAAUGCUGGGAAUGAAAUAAAAAUUGUAUAUCUGAAAUAAACUCGAGUAGCAACACCUGUGUUUUAUCAUAUUUAGAUACUAGCAGGUGACUCAAUCAUAGCACCAAUGCUGAUUUGGACAGUUGUAGGGCUGUGCUCAGCUCCAAGUUCCAUCCUCCAGUCAAGGAUACACUUCAUAGGAAAUUCUGCACGUUCAAAAUUGUAUCUCCUGUUUACAUGUAAAAUGAUUAUACUGUGUAAGUUAAUGUUCUUGCCACCACCCCUCUUUCAUUCUAUCGGUAGCUUAUGGAAUAGUUCUUGCGAACAGCAUCACUAUUGUUGCUUUUUUAUAAUACAGGAGUCCUUCUGCAAAAUCUGGCAAAAUAAAAAGGCUUACUAAUUCUCUGUGAAGGCACUUAAUAAAAGAAGUACAGAUCUCAAGAUAGUAAAUAACCACAUACUCUUAUUCAUCACAGGUUUGUCAUGAUGCUUGAUCGUGCAUUUAACAUCAGAAUUUAUUACUCAGAAGUUGUAAUUAUAUCAGAUUGUGGCUCCUUACUCCAAGUUCAAAUUAUAUUUGAUUGUUAAUAACCAAGGGUUUUGAAGAGAAAUCAGGGUGACUAGAGGAACUAGUUUCACUGUAACAUGUAAUUGAGCUGGAUUUCUGUAUGGAUAGACUUUUAAAUACCAAAUAUCUUUAAAGUUUUUUUGUUUAUAAAUGAUUCUUGAAUGUGCAUGGUUGCCAAUUUUAAGAUUGUGAAGUGAUUGCACAAAUAACUUGAUGUUUUCUAUAAGUUAUAUUGUAAGAAUCUGUAAAUUAAGAAGCCGUGGCAAUGUAUUUCAUUCAUAUUUUAUAGAAUCUAGGGUUGGAUUGUGCACUUAAUGCAUUGAUUAAAAUACAAGGCAAUAAAACUG